GAAUGAACAAGAAUUUUUAUUCUCUUGUCGUUGAUGCGGGGGGUUUUGAGAAUCUUCAGUUUCAAGAGAAAGAUUGUCGGAAUUUCAUUGACAAGGCUCGACAUUUAAGGUUGGGUAAAGGUGGUGGCGAAGCACUUAAUCAGUAUUUCCAAAGAAUGAGAGAUCGGAAUGAUGGGUUCGUUUCUAACAUGGACUUGGAUGAUGAGGGAAGGUUACGGAAUGUAUUUUAGGCUGAUGCUCGGAGUCGAGCGGCGUAUGAGUAUUUCGGAGACGUAGUAACAUUUGAUACAACGUACCUAACAAAUAGGUACGGGAUGCCUUUUGCGCCAUUCGUUGGUGUUAAUCAUCAUGGUCAGUCCAUAUUAUUAGGAGCGGGAUUGAUUUCAAACGAGGACACUGAAACUUUUGUGUGGUUGUUCCGAAUGUGGUUGGAUUGUAUGAAUGGUCGGGCGCCCAAAGCCAUGAUAACCGACCAAGAUCGGGCAAUGAAGAGUGCUAUUGCCAUUGUAUUCCCUGAAACUCGUCACAGAUAUUGUUUAUGGCAUAUAAUGCGCAAACUUCCAGAGAAACUAGGAUCUCAUGCGCAAUUCAAUGCGGGGUUGAAGACUGACCUUCAGACUGCAUUAUAUGACUCACAUACCAGCGGUGAAUUUGAGGAGAGCUGGGGUCAAGUAAUUGCAAAGUAUGAUCUCCACGGCAAUAAAUGGCUUCAAUCCUUAUAUGAGGAAAGGUCUUUUUGGGUUCCAGCUUACUUAAAAAGUGUAUUCUGGGCUGGAAUGAGCACAACACAAAGGUCGGAAAGCAUGAAUGCAUUUUUCGACGGGUAUGUCCAUUCCGGUACCACGUUGAAGGAAUUCAUCGACCAAUUUGAUAAUGCUCUUAGAAAGAAGGUGGAGUUAGAGACAAUGGCUGAUUUCAAUUCUAACAACCAAACUAUUCCCUGCGUGUCCCAUUUUAAUAUUGAGAAGCAGUUUCAAAGGUUAUAUACAAAUGCAAAGUUCAAAGAGGUACAAAGAGAGUUGCUGGGCCUAAUGUGUUGUAAUUGUUCGUUGGUAAGCACAGAAGGGUGCAUUUUAAAAUACCAAGUGAGUGAUGAAAUAUCUACUGAUGACCACAUCAAAACACUCCAUUUCUGUGUUUACUAUAACGAAGAGGAGGUGGAGGUCAAAUGCACGUGUGCAUUGUUUCAGAUGAGGGGGAUUCUAUGUAGGCAUGCACUUAGAGUUUGCCAGUUCAAAAAGAUUAAUGUGCUGCCAGAUGUAUAUGUGUUGGAUCGUUGGAGAAAGGACUUAAAGAGGACAUACACAUUAGUCAGAAGUAGUUACGAUGACCAGCGGGACAGAGCAGACGCACGGAAUUAUGAGCGGGUGCUUAAAAGAUGUUCGAAAUUAGCGACCAAAAUAUCCUCUGAUAAUGAAAAAAUCAGUGCUUUCUUGCGUGUUGUUGAUGAGUUUGAGACAAAAUGUGAAGGUUCAACACUAGAGUCAGCAUAUGAACAAACGAAGGCCAAAGCAAAUCUCGUCUUGGAUAAGGGUAAGAAGAUACUAAGCCCCAACGUGGUUCGAGGGAAAGGGAGACCCCCAAGUAAGAGGAAGGUUCCACCAGUUGAAAAGUUGGCAACAAAGAGAAAGAAACCGACUUCCAGGAAAAUCUUGGUAGAUGAAACACAAUUGGGUGAGACACCGGGAUCUGAACAACACCAAUUUGAUGAUGGGGUUGAUGUUGGAACACAAAACAGCAUUCUUACACAAUCAACUCCAGAGAUGUGUCACCAUCUCGAUGCACACUUGUAAUCCCAUGGUGAUGAGAAGCCACAUUUUUUGAAGCUCUUGGAGAGGGAGAAGCUGGAAGUUGGGAGUUCGGGGAGUAACUUGACUCUGGGGGCCGUAGCUCAUUCUAAUUAUCUCGCAUUUUUUUCCCCGUUUAGUAUUAUUUUGCAUGAUUGGCUCUGUUGAUUUUUCUCUAAAGUCUUCUUUUUAGAUACUUGUAUUUCUCAUUGAUUUGGCUUUAUAUCCUCUAACAUUGUAUGCCAAUUGUAUUUCUCAGAUCUGCCACCGUAAUUGAGUUGCUGUUUUUGUGUCUUUUAGAGGGUUGGGUGGUAGUUUGUGUAUAUGAAAGUGUGUCUUUUUUGUUCCAAAUAGAGAGGGUUGGGUGUAGUUUGUGUGGUUGUUUCCGGUGUAAUUUUUGUAUCUCUUUGAGAGGGGAAGGUAGUAGUUAGUUGUAUCCAUGGGUGUAUGCCAAUGGUAAGGUUUUUUGUGGAGAUGCAACGGGUAAUUUUUUGUACCUCUUGAAGAUCAAAGGUGUUUUGGUACCAUGAGCCAACAAGUUUUGGAGGACUACUACAAAGUUUUGGAGGUUGAUUAUGAUGCAACUGAGGAAAAUAUCAGAUUAAAUUACCUAAGGCUUGCACUGGUUAGUGAUCUCUCUUUUGAUAGCUCCUUGAAUGGUGU